AAGCAACAUGAAGUUCGCCGUUUCCGUAGUCUUGUUCGUUUUGGCCCUUGGCGCUGCUCACUGCUCGAUCAUUCCAGGCGUGGUCACAUCCAUCAAUGGCGUCGUUUUGGCCUCUCCACCUGGCUCUAUUGCUGUACAUGCCUCUGCCGUGCCAGCUGUCGUUGCCGCACCAUCGCCAGUACAGAUCAUCACCAGCCCAGCGGUGGUGGCUGCUCCAGCUGUUGUGGCUGCAGAGGGCACCUAUGUCGCCAAAACCCGUGGCGCUGUACAUGUGGCACCUCUGCCCGGACAUGUGCAAUCAGCUGCCUCAGUGAACUUGGAACCAGCACCAGGCACCAUCUAAGAAGGGAUGCCACUAAUUUCACUGAAUUGAAUGGCGUUUGGAACGGGAAAAUACGCACAUAUAUACCUAUGUAAUAUAUAUAAAAUCGUACAAGCACCUGACCAUAGUCAAUUACGUUAUGUAACUGGAACACGUGCUACAUAUUUACAUACAUACAUACAUGCAUACAAACAGACAAUGAAUCGAUACAAGAAAUAGUUUUAGUUUAAUUAAACACUUUUGAUAACAAAAUUUUUUGUAAAUCUUUUUAUUUCCUUGUAUUUCAACCUCCUUCGUUUUUUUUAUUGGUUUUUCCAACACUAUCUUUAUCUUUCUUCUUUUUUACUCUUAUUAGAUACGCUGUGAUACUGCAUCAUGUUCUAAGUCAAUUUAUCAUAUCACAAUGUUGUCUUUUCACUGCCAUUACCACAGUGUAACCAUAUCUGCACUCUUGCUAUUUAUGUUUUGUAUAACAAUUUUAUAUUUUAGUCACAUAUUUUUUUCUGUUCUAUUUUAUCAAUUGGAUUUGUAUAAAAAAAUAAAAAUAAAGUUAUCUGAAAACA